CGCCUCCGCUGGCUUCCUUUCCCAUUCGUCUCGUCUCGUCUCGCGCUGCGCCUCUCCCCUCUCCGGCGCAGCAGCCGCCUUCCACAAAUUCCCCAAUCCCCAAACCCUAAAUAAAUCCCCUCCCGUCGGAGCAAUCGCCGCCCGAAAUCCUCGGCUGAAUCCAGUCUUCUUUCGCGGUGGCCCGUUGGAUGGGCCGGCGGCCGGCGCUUUCGGUUCCGUAGUGGAUUGAAGGCGCUUCCGGGGGUCCACCGCCUGCCUUUUUGAUGCUGCUGCUGCGGCCCUUCUAGAGGCUUUCACUGAAGGAAGCAGCAGACACAACAAAGGCAGGCGCUUCGGCGAUGGCUCCGUCUCCAGCGGCAGCGGCUGGCCCCACCUUCGAAGACCUUGAACGUGACUUGCAGGCAGUUCUGAUGGACCAGAACCAUACAUCAUCUGCCGACGACCUCAGCAUAUUCCGCAGUGGCAGCGCUCCCCCCACUGUCGAGGGCUCUCGCACCGCCAUUGGUGCGCUCUUCUCUGGUCCACCACUUCAUGCCAACAAUCUUGUAGGUGGCAGUAGUAGUGGUGCUGGUGUUGACAUGCUCACUGAGGAAGAGAUACGUUCACACCCAGCAUAUCUGUCAUACUACUAUUCUAAUGAGCACCUCAACCCGAGGCUUCCACCACCAAUGGUGUCUAAAGAGGACUGGCGUGCGGCACAGCGCUUCCAGACUGUGUCUGGAGGUAUUGGGGAUAGAAGGAGGAGGCCCUCAGAGGUUGGGGGUGGAAACUCGCUGUUCUCAGUGCAGCCAGGGGCACGUGAGGGUGGUGGAGAGAAGGCGCUGCUGAAUGAUAGAAUGGGGAGAGGUGAAAGGAAUGGGCUUGCACGACAGCAGUCAUCGGAGUGGCUCGUGAGGGGCACUGAUGGGCUCAUUGGCUUGUCAGAUGUCAAUGGCCUUGGGUCUCGGCGCAAGAGCUUUGCUGAUGCAUUGCAGGAAAAUAUUAGCCGUCCUGCUGCUACGACUGGUCAUCUUUCACGGUCCAAUAGCCGCAAUGCUCUUGAGAGCCCAAAUCCACUCAGGUCAUCUGAUUCACCUAAACCACAACUGCAGAACAGAUCAGAAUCCAUGAAUGGCCUGCGAUCUGGAUCCACUUCACCCAGUCUGGUCAGGGUCCAAAGUCUUGGUUCGUCAAUGUCUCAUACCUUUGCUUUUCCAGUAGGCUCCUCUGUCUCAAGAAGCACCACACCAGACCCCCAGCUGAUCCGGAGAACUCCUAGCCCUUGCCUUCCUCCUGUUGGAGUUCGAAUGGGGGGUUCUGAUAAAAAGGUUGAAGCUAUAGCAGCUGCUUCAGUUAAUCAUGAUGGUGCCGACAUUGCGGCAACUCUGUCUAGCUUAAGCCUCUCUGGAAAUAAGAUGUCAAAUAUGGAAACUGAAGCUCAGAAUCAUGUUUACCAGAACUUUGGUGAUCAGACAGAUGUACUAUUCAAUGUACCAAAGGAACAUAUGCAAUUUUCAAAGAAAAGUUUAGCUCAAAGUACUGAUGAAGACUCGCUUAAUGGCCCUGAAUAUGCAGUUUUUCCAAAUGGGGGGAGUAACUUCAGUAAUUUGCAUGUUAGUAAGCUGGCGUCUCAUAGCAAUAGCAAGUUCUCUAUGCAAUCACCACACGGUAAUGCCAACAAGAAAGGAUCUUUGAUGAGCUCAGCUGGAUCAAUUUCUCACUACCAGAACCUGAAUGGUGAUAGCCCUGGCAUUGAUAUAUCUGGACGACACAUGAAGACUCAUGCAGGCGGUUUUACUUCAUCCAUGCUAAACAAUCAACUGACUCCUGAUGCGGACUAUGGCAACGUUCUUUCGAACCAUGGGGGAUCCAGUUUUCAGGGCCAACCGACGGAGACAAUGUAUGCGCAAUAUUUGCAGGCAAACCCUGAUUCCCCCCUUGGUGCAACUGCAAGCAUGAGUCCUUUCCAAGGGAGGGGUUUUACUAGCACAGGUCACCUGGAUAGUCCUGGAUACCAAAAGGCAUACCUUGGGUCAUUAUUUGCCCAGCAAAAGCUUCAGUAUGGAAUGCCAUACCUUACCAAAUCUGGUGCUCUUAAUCCAAAUGUUUAUGGCAAUGAUCCUGCAUUUGGCAUGGGAAUGACUUAUCUAACAAGUCCUCCAUCUAGUCCGUAUAUCUCAUCUCAUCAAGGCCAUGCCAGGCAAGGAGAGCGACUAACCCGAAUUCCAUCUGUGGUGAGGAACACUGCUGGAGGAGGAUCCAUGGGAUCAUGGAAUUCGGAAAAUGGUCUGAUGGAUAAUGGUUACGGGUCGUCCCUGCUGGAGGAAUUCAAAACCAACAAAACCAAAUCUUUUGAGCUGUUAGAUAUUGUAGGCCAUGUGGUCGAAUUCAGUUCGGAUCAGUAUGGGAGUCGCUUUAUACAGCAGAAACUGGAAACUGCUUCUAUUGAAGAGAAGAACCUGAUUUUCCCUGAGAUCCUUCCCCAGGCACGUACUUUGAUGACUGAUGUUUUCGGAAAUUAUGUUAUACAGAAGUUCUUUGAAUACGGAACUGAAACACAAACAAAGCAACUGGCGAGCCUACUCAAGGGUUAUGUGUUACAGCUGAGUCUUCAAAUGUAUGGCUGCCGAGUGAUUCAGAAGGCUUUGGAAGUUGUUGAAGUGGAACAACAAACACAAAUGGCUUUGGAGCUUGAUGGAUCUAUCAUGAGAUGUGUUCGUGAUCAGAACGGCAACCAUGUUAUCCAAAAAUGUAUAGAAUGCAUCCCUCAGGAGAGGAUACGCUUUAUUAUUUCAGCCUUCUAUGGACAUGUGGUGGAGCUUUCCAUGCAUCCCUAUGGUUGCCGUGUUAUUCAGAGAGUCUUGGAGCACUGUGAUGAUGAAAGCACUCAAAAUGCCAUGAUGGAAGAGAUUAUGCAGUCUGUGGUUACUUUAGCAGAGGACCAGUAUGGCAAUUAUGUAAUCCAGCAUGUUCUGCAGCAUGGGAAACCAGAAGAGCGUUCUACUAUAAUUACACAACUUGCUGGGCAGAUAGUGAAGAUGAGUCAGCAGAAGUUUGCUUCCAAUGUUGUUGAGAAAUGUCUUACUUUUGGUACUCCGGAGCAACGCCAGAUUCUGAUCAAUGAGAUGCUUGGCACAACUGAUGAAAAUGUGCCAUUACAGGCAAUGAUGAAAGAUCAGUUUGGAAACUAUGUGGUGCAGAAGGUUCUAGAGAUCUGUGAUGACCAGAACCGUGAAUUGAUUCUUUCCCGUAUCAAGGUACACUUGAAUGCACUGAAAAGAUACACCUAUGGAAAACAUAUUGUUGCGCGUGUUGAGAAGCUCAUUGCUGCAGGAGAGCGGCGUGUUGGGGCUCCAUCAUCUUGCUGAGAUGGCAAUGGUUAGUUGACAGAAUAACACCUGUACAGACAGACAGACAGACAGAUAGCGAGGCCUAGCUUUUUACCAUUACCCCAGUAGUGAGUCAUGUUGAGAGAGUACAACCGGAGAAGUUAAAAAGGCUCCCAAAGCCUUUGCUGUAAAUAAAGGAGAGCCUCUGGAAAUAAAUAAGAAAUCAGAAGAGAUUUUGCUUGUCCUUGAGAAAUCAAGCUGUAUAUUUGUAUGGUUUAUUUACCCCUCUGGAAGCAGCAGGAUAAAGAAGUGCAAAAUACUGUGGAAGAAGCAAAGCAAUUAGCAGAAAGAAAAGGGUUUAGGAUGAUAGAUGAUGGGAAUCAAGGACAGCUGUAGAAUAUCUUUUUUUCCUUGGAUUUCACCAGUCAGUGUAUAAGUAAGGUUCAUGAUGAUGUUUAAGUCUCUGUAAAGCCUGCCUUCAAUUUACUGACAUUUUGUUGAAAUCAAAUGCAUGUUUCUCUCUGUCGAA